AUGCCCUCAAACUGCGACGACGACAUCAUCGACCUUCCAGAAGACUACCCCACCGUGACCAGCCACUCACGCCUGAAAUACAAAAUCGCAGCCCUAAUGCCCGACCUUCAGGAUGACGUGACCUCCUGCAAUACACUCUACACCCGAUACGAAGAGGUCCUCAAAUACGAUCGCCGAUUACGCACCCUAGCCACCCAGCAUUUACCAUACUAUUUACAAAACGUGCCCCUGGACCCAUCGUGGCCGCGCUACGUGACAUGGGCCCGGCGAAGUUUGGCUAUCAGCUCUGCUCACAAGGUGAUCAUGAUUCAUCGGAAAUUUCUCAGUCUGAGCUUUGUUAAUCCCAUGUUCGAGUUUACCAGGAAGACUUGCGUGGCUGCGUCGAGGACGAUUAUCAAGGAGCAAAAGGAAGCUACGCGGAAUGGAGGGCCUAUGUUAUGGACUCAUCAAGCGUUUAGCGUUACUGCAAGUAUUAUAUUGUGUCUAGACAUGUUCCAUCAGCCUCGACCAGAUCGUCAGGCUUCUGAGCACCGGCAGCUCAUCGAAGAUGGGAUUGAGAUUCUAUCACAUUGUGAGACAGACAUGAUCGCACGACGAGGCGUGUCUCUUCUCCGAGCAAUGCUUGAGGCUGGACAAAUGGAUUCUCGACGGAGGGGAGUUGCGGGUGAACUACGAGAGCCGCCGCUUCUACAUGCCAGUACACCCAAAGAGAGUGGGUUGGACAUAGCUGCCAUCAUUCAAACCUUCUACCGACAAGAUCGGGCGAGUAUCACCGGGCACUGCCGGACGGCUCUUGGUUGA